AUGGAAAUACACGCGCUGAAUGCACGGGAACAAAUUCUAAAGGAGACAUAUUCGAAACUUGUUGAAGCCGUGCCGCAAGCAGUCCUCCUCAUGAACAGCGAACCCUCUCAGCCAUCAAACUUUCCCGGUUCUUCUGACAUCUCAGGACCACGCACUCUGUCUUUUUCGACUAGCGGUGGAGCACCCCUUUGCAAGAGCGACUAUCCGGGUGUUCGUUUCUGGACGUUUGAUGAGUGGAACGCAUAUAGGAAGAUUCUAAUCAUGGAGGGAGGAAUUCUACAGAUCCCUGAAAGUAUCAAUGCCGACCACAGCACAGAUGAACAGCAAGAAAGCGAAGAUCGGUGGAGCAAGAAACCCAAUGCUACCAAGAAGAAAAAGACCAUACGCCGGGCACUGUACCUGGAGGAUGAACACGGUGAAACCGUCAGCGACAAUCGGGCCGGCGAGAUUCAGCGCGUUGCCAGAGAAAUUUGGGCACAACUAUGGAACGAGGGCCAUGCGCCGGAGACUUGGGGUGCAAAAACUGCGAACGUCGCAGCUUUCUAUUAUAAGCAGAUGAGUCUUCGCUGUCCUGAACUGAGACUUUGCCAUGGAGACUGGAAAGCCGAACGCCUUGCGAUCGACUCCUACUCUCAGUGGCACACUACUCGGUCUAAAGGCGACGAGAUGAAAUCUGCCUCUCGGUCUCGUUCUCGUGCUCAUUCCCGUGCUCAUUCGAAAUGUAAGGCCCGCUCUGCAUCAGACAUGGACUCUUCCGAAGACGACUCUCAACCAACCAAGCGCGUCAAAGCAACCAUGUCUUCUUCCACCCCAUCUUCGAACUCAAUAUCGAUAUCUAAUCCUACUCCUGAUACUGUACACUCUCGAGAGUCUGCAAAUCCUGCCGUGAAUGUUCAAUCGUCUUCCAGUAGCGCCGUCGCUCUUAUCUCUGCUAUCGCUAUCACUCCUGCCGAAUCCGGAUCACCUGUUGCCAACGAGGACGACGAAGAGCUUGAAUAUAUUGAUGCUAGUCUUGGACUUGCCGGCUCUGCUUGUGACCCCACUACGGCUUCAGGACAGCGAGAUGAUAUGGACCCUGGCACCCACGAACGACAGCAGACGCCUAUCGCAAGCACUUCAGUCCCGACCACAGCUCGAAACCCGACAAACUCAAUGCCUCUUGAUCCUCUUGCCGACAUGUUCGAUAUGACUCCUGCUACAGCACAAACAGCAACAACCUCAACAUCUGCUGCUACUGUAAUCCCUCCGGCAUCCGAACUUCCAGCACUUACUUCCGGCGAUAUCGUGACGGACUCGGUUCGUACAGCGGUACCUACAAUGCAACCGAAGAAGAAGAAAAAAUCGCCCAAGAUGUUCGCCAACAGCUCAAGCACCGCAUCGAAUUUGUUUGCAAAAGACUGGCUCAAGACUCAUGAAGGAGAAUCCCGAGAACAAUUCCAAUCCGCGUGGGAGGCCCUCGAAUCAGCGGAACGGAAGAUGUAUGAGGACAGGAGUGCAGCCACCAUCGCUGCACUGAAGGCAGAGAAAGCUGCUGCAAAGAGAGCUGAGAAGGCUGCGAAGGUAUCGGGAAAGAAGAAGGCAGGGCAAGUGACGCUCCCCGCCAGCGCGGGCACGAAAAAGGUGUUGGGCAGCAUCCAGUGCGCGGGUGAGGAUGAUCUCGAAGUUUUCGAAUCGUGGUUGAAGUCCCUAUUGCGAUGGCUUCGGCUUUAUCGCAUGUGCGGACCAGACCUCGAUGAGGAACGGCUCCAACUUAUGGGCCAAUUUCUCAAGGGUAAGGCUGCCGACUGGUACAAUGACAAUGUCGACACACCUCACAAUAAUGUAAAGUGGAAUUUCGAAGAUGCCGCGUGUGCCAUUUUCUGGCGGUUCUUGUAUCACGCAACCGCAGGAAAUGCGGCUGAUAAAUUCUACGCAGUAAUAUACAUGAAGGAUGGCGGAGUAAACGGUGUAUGGGAUGAGCUAGCUAAGUAUGCUGCCCGUAUGCCUCAGCCGCCCGAUGACUACACGUUCGCGCGAACCUUUGUCAAGGCGCUUCCGGACGAAGUCUGCAUCCCUCUGUUCAGAUCAAAGGAUGUUUCCGUCGAGACCACUCCGCUUACCACAUUGCUGCGUCUCGCUGUUCAGCAAGAACACAACAACCAGGUCGUUUCACGAAAUCGUGUCAAACGUUCCGCGCCUGCGCCCGUACCCACGCCGGCGAAAACUACUUCUACCCAAGACACUCAUGGCCAGAGCUCAUCUGUGAAGCACCCCGACCAUGGGAAGUCGACGCGAUUUGUGCGCGUCGUGCGUCGCAAUGAUUUUCGUCGUGAUGGCGGAUCUGGAAACCGUCCGCUGCAGAGCACGAAUCGCUCAUUGCAAGCCCCGCCGCAGUCCACGCAGAAGGACGGGCGGCCUACUAACUUCUCUGGAAAUCGUGGCGGACCGUCAGGAAACCUUGCGAACGUCCGGUGUUACAACUGUGGUGAGUACGGCCACUUGUCACCGAACUGCCCGAAGCCCAAGGGCCCAAAGCUCCACGCGGCUCGUGUAAUUGACGAGCGAGAAGCCGCGGAGGCAGAACCUGCCCAGGAUGAUGCGCAGGAGCAUCCGGAGGUAGCUGAGGAUGAGCACACUUUUGUGCAUGAUAAUGUCGCACCCAAUGCAGGAAAUGGCGAACCCGAGGACGAGACGGUUGCACUCAUCGAGGGCUCACAGUAUGAUCCAGAGGAGGAGAGCAACCCUCUGGAGGAGUACUUUGACCUCGAAGAUGAUGAGGUCAUGUACUACGGGUCGAUGCGCAUCGUUGAGGAUGAAGAUUCUGCAGAAUCCGAGCCCUCGCGCGAAACACUCUCCGUGUUCGAGCAUGAGAUGCUUCGACUCCAGACCGAGAUUACGGCUGGAGGAGAUGCUACAGCACUUGUUGGAGAUGCUGACAAUGCUGCUGUGUCCGCUGUAUUUACAAAUCCACCGGCAUACCAGGAUGAGUCCUCGGAGCCGCUGUUGUUCGAAUCGGACACAGAUGUGGAUGACGACGAAAUGCCGCCACUUGUGGCAAUUCCAGAUGCUGAGGAAAAUAGUGACAGCAUCUCGGAAGUUAAUACUAAUGGCGCUCUUGAGUCAUGGCUUGCAGGUCCUCCGAUGGAUGCUAUCCACGGCCUGUAUGCCCUCAAUGGUGACCUCCUUUCAAACCUACAACAGUACGGCCGGUACAUCGACAUAUUGUACGGCCAAUUGCUGUGGACCCAACGCGAGCUUGCCCGCAGCGUCGUAGAGCAAGGAAACUUGCUGCGCGACCCGUUUGAUCGCGUGUGGGCGCUGACCGAAUUCAUGUGGCGGCGCAAGCGAAUUCGUGCACGGCUUCUAGUGCAGCGUGAUAUUCUUGCUGCAAUGCCGUUGCCUGACCGCGGUGACUAUGAGGACGACCCGUCGCCCGCCGCGGUGUUCAAUGCAAUAUCGGACAUCCUCUUCGAGGACCCCGACGAUGCUCCGCCUGUAUAUGAGCAUCAGGACUUUGCGCCAACAUCAGUAUCGCUGUGUGCAAUGGCCGCUACGCCGGCGCCUGCAGCAUUACCCGUGGUAACUCGUGCCAUGAUACGGCGCCAGCAGACUUGUCGUCGGCCAGACGUGUCGUGUCUUGACCAGACUUGUCUCACGGGCUACGUUACUGUCAAUGGCCUACAGGCCCUCAUCCUGUUUGAUUCGGGGAGUACGACAGACUCGAUCUCUCCGGAGUUUGCUCGCGUAGCGGGAAUCUCGAUCUUGGAACUCGAGAACCCCGUAAUCCUUCAACUUGGAUGUGUUGGUAGUCGCUCACGAAUUAAUUAUGGUGUGAGAGUUCCUGUUAUUUGUGGAACCUUCCAGGAUGAUGUCUACUUAGAUGUCGUCAAUCUUGAUCGAUAUGACGUUGUACUGGGAACACCAUUCAUGCGUAAGUUCGGUGUCAUUCUUGACUUUGCGAACAGCAUCAUCCGCUUCCAUGGACAACAAAUUCAUGCACUCCUGCCAGGGGAGGAGGAAGCUGCAUUGCCGCUAGACAGCAAUGGUGAGGUGACCGGAACCUCAGCGCAGACGAUUCGACUGCAUCGAAUCACCACGGAUGUACACGGUUUGGCAAACACUAUGAAUAUUGAGCGAUGCUCGAGAAUUCGCGACAAGAUUCUUGAGCAGAAUGCAGAUUUGUUGGAGCCUGUGCCACCAGGCCUCCCUCCAUUGCGAGAGGUUGUGCAUAUGAUCCCUCUAAUUGACGAGCAGAAGAGAUAUAAUUAUUAUCUUCCGAAGGACAAAUUGAUCGGAUGUCACUUCAAGGUAGUGACUGAUCACCGUGCACUUAUAUUUCUCAAGGACAAGCGCAAGGUGCCGCAGCGACUCGAGCGGUGGAUCGAGUACCUCAGCCAAUUUGACUAUGAAAUUGUGCAUGUUCAAGGCACAACAAACCGAGUCGCAGACUCAUUCUCCCGCUACUUUGCAGAAGAAGAAACCCUCUCUGGGAAUCGCAUGGCGGAAAUCCGUGCUCAGCGUAUAAUUGAGCCGGUUGAGCAGCGCGUGCAGGAAGCGACUGAACUUGCUGCGCACCGCCCCACAGACGUACUGCAAACUAGUGCAGGUACUGGCGAAGAUCCUACCGCAUUAGAUUCUGAAGUUGCAGGCCCUCCGCUUGAUGUUAUAGUUGAGCGGAUUGUUGAUUUCAAGGCAACAGUGAAGGACGGGUACAAGGACGAUAUGUUCUUCGCCAAGGUCCUAGAGCAUUCUGAUGAUCACAAGGCUUUCGCCGUUCAAGACGGAUUUAUCUGGCACCGUCAGAGUGCGAGAGACAAUUUUCUGUGUAUUCCGCGGGUGCUAGUACAUCACCGGAAUCUCACGGAAAUCAUUAUUGACCAAGCGCAUGUCACACUGGGUCAUUUGGGGAACCGACGUACCUCCGACUAUGUUCGUCGCUGGUAUUGGUGGCCAGAUGUCGGAAAGGACAUUGCAAAGUUCUGCGCGAGUUGCGGAACAUGUCAGACAUCGAAAUCUGCUACCCAGCGUCCUCUCGGAUUGUUACACAGCAUGCCGGUUGCAGCACGCCCAUGGGACUCGAUCGGUAUGGAUUUCGUGGGACCAUUCCCGGAAUCCCAAGGUCAUGACUAUCUGUGGGUUAUCAUUGAUCGUCUAACAUCAAUGGUACAUUUAGUACCCACCAAUACAACGGCAAAAGCGUCGGAAAUCGCUUGGUUAUAUUUCAGGGAAGUCGUCCGACUUCACGGCCUACCUGAGUCGAUCAUCUCCGACCGAGAUUCAAAGUUUACGUCGAAGUUUUGGAGCGAACUGCACCGCCUUCUGGGCAGUCAGUUGCUCAUGUCGACAUCAUUUCAUCCGCAGACCGACGGCGCUUCGGAGCGGUCGAUCCGCACUGUCUCGCAAAUCCUACGAAGUCUGGUCAGGCCAGAUCAGAUGGACUGGGUUGAAAAGAUACCGUUGGUCGAGUUUGCAAUAAACUCGAGCAUCAACGCGUCCACGGGGUUCGCUCCGUUCGAGUUGAACAGCGGAUACAUGCCGCAGAUGAUACGGGAUCUUGCUCGAGAGCCGGCAAUGCCGGGGGUGAAGGUGUUCACCGAAUGCACGCUGGAAAAUCUGUCGAUCGCGCACGAUUCAAUUAUCGCUAGCAGGGUGGUACAGACUCACCAUGCUAACCUGAGACGACGUUCUGAGCACCCAGAAUUGGGCUCAGAAGGCGAAAGUCUUGUAGGAAAGUUACUUUACCUGUCCACAGAGAACCUCUCUCUGCCGAAAGGGAGGGCCAAGAAACUGACCCCAAGGUUCAUUGGGCCAUAUAAGGUGCUAAAGGCGCACCCUGAGACAUCCAGCUAUACCCUGGAUCUGUCUAGUGAGCUCAGGAGGAGGAGAAUCCAUCCUACCUUCCAUGCCUCCAGGCUCCGGCAUCAUGAGCCUAAUGACAAUGUCCUAUUCCCUUCUAGAGAUCCUAGGGCAUUCUAUGACUUUGGAAAUGAGUCAGAAGACGAAUUUUUGGUGGAUGAAAUUGUUGCUCACCAGUGGAAAGGCAAUUCUAUCCAAUUCCUUGUCAGGUUUGACGAUGGAGACACACUGUGGGAACCAUAUGUCGAAUGCAAAGACCUGGAAGCAUUAGACCGUUACCUGGAGCUUCUAGGAGUGUCCGACUGGCGUCGUUUGCCACGCUCGGGAUGGCCGCGCGAGCAGCGCGACUCACCAGCAAUUAUUCGUGCUGCGCUAUUAGGCGCGAAUAAAUUUGGGUUUUGUUCUGCAUUCUCCGGGACUGUUUUGGCCAUGCCGCGUUCGAAGGCAGACUACGACUACCCGAUGUCGGAAGGAGAACGUGAACACCGCGGCGUUCAUCGCCCUCGCUCAGAAUCACCCGGGGAGGUGACGGUACGCCUUCCCACACCGAUAAGGCUCCCUUGGCGAUACAAGGAGGAGCUCCGCAGCAUCCUGCAUGACCGAGGCUGCCUGACGUGUGAUAAAUAUGCGGACCACGUCAAGGAUCACGGCAAGGUCAGCAAGGCAUACAAGGAUGCCGUGCAUGACCUCGAGUUGACCGUCGGGAAGCGUCAGUGGGACCAGGCAUACAAUGCGGGCUACCUCCAUGGGAUAGAUGAAGGUCAAGCCAUGGCUGCGCAAGCCAAUCGUGACGACCUUAUAAUUCAGCUCAACAAGCACAUUGCAGAGCUGGAGAACAUCGUUGAACAGACCAAUGCAUCCCGUGCUCAGUUCACCUUUUCGUACCCCGUGGGAGGCUCUUCCUCUGUAGGGGGGGGUCCGUCACAUAACAUAGACCACCAUGCUCCGGUGAUUUUCACGGCUAAGCCUACCGUCCAGUCUGCUGGAGCAUCAGCCAAGUCGAGGCCUACCUCCAUGCCUGUGUCAAUAGCCAAACUUGACCGGAUGAUCAAGGAUGCGAUGGUUCCUAACCAUUGGAGAUCUGCAGAGGCACUUCAGCACUGGUUGCAAGAGGCUCAACCAGCGCUGCUUGCGAACCAAAGCACACCUGUCCAGCGCUACUUGCAGAAGAUGUGGCAUGCUCCGGAAUGGUUCAACCUGGAGACGUGCACUCCCUUCUGGAAUGAUUCAUGUGCGACAUGGGUCAACUACUUGACAACUAACCCGAAGAAAGAGGUCAUGGGCCUCAUUCAUGUCGGCGAGAAUGGCUUAUUCAAUGAGGAGUCGUUCCGCAUCAUUCACGGAGUUCGCCUGCUAGCUGACGUGCAGGUGAAGAUGAGUAUUAACAGGAGGACCCAUCGCGCAAAUGUUCUUGCUCGUCUCCAGGAGCUUUUCCAAGACCCACAAGCCUAUGCUCGGGAAUUGAAGGCCGCUGGCACGACUAUAGCCAGUGUCCUCAAGUUGCAGCCUAUUCCGGAGUCGAACAAUUAUCGUCUCCGCGACGUUGCAAUUCACUGUGCGAAAUGCGGCAUCACUAUGCAGAUGGCACAAGACGCACUGUCGGUUUGGGCCCGCGGAACUCUUCCCGGACCGAAUGCAGAGGCGGCGCCGGAGCAACCUGCUCCGGGACCAUCAAAUAUUGCCCCUACUGCCGCUGACAGCACCCAGGACGGCCAUGCCACCAUAGCCGGCGAUCCUGUGGGCAACACGCCGACUGAACCCGUUCCCAGACAGGACGCGGUGAUGACGGAUGUGAAUCCUGCAGCGGUCAAUGGCAACCCGGCUUAA